CGUUUCCCUUCCGGCCCGGUCGCAUCGCUUGUCCUCACUUAAUCUUUACUAUGACUAUUUUCUAAUCCUUAAUCUUUAAUUAUUUCUUUUCUUUGUUUGUGUUUUGCUUCUGCGGUAUAAUCUCCCCACGAUCAUCUGAUUCGCGGAGAGAGUGCGCCUGCCUUGUCUCAGAUCUCGUCUGCGACUGACUGCAUCGCUCAAUUCCCCAGCAACAGAGUCUCUUGCAGGACACUUCUGUCUCCUCCAUCCCUUCAUUUCCCAACUCUAUCUGUCUGCACCGCCCGGGCCUUUGAAGUGCAACCAAACUUGCGCAACACCCCCCUUCCCUGGUUGCAGAUGGCCUGGGUCUGAGCGGCAUAGUUCCUGUCGUGUACCAGAUAUCGAUUGCCUCAAUUGACUCGGACAGCCAUUCCAAGCAAAUUUAAAGCAUGAUGGUCACCUCGUCCCUUGGGGAGGACGCUGGCCAUCCUUCUCGUCAGCACCUCCCGCCAAUUCCUCCGUCGCCGACGUUAUCCAACCCCGACAUGAUCCUACCGUUUGACUCCAACGAGCGCGAAUCCUCGACCCCGUCCCCUCCGUUCAACCUGCCUUCCUUAGGCAACCUGCAGGCGUUUUACGAAAGGCGCCCGGCCCUCGACGACAAUACGGAUCACAAUCAGGGUGUCGCGCAAUUGGGGAUCGCUCUGUCCUACGGCAGUCGCCCCCAGAAAAAAGGAUUUCCGCGUCACGCAUGGCUGCAAGAGGGUCAUGAUGCUCGUCGCUUGUCGGACAUCGGUGAGGAGGAUUCAUCGUCGUCGUCGUCGUAUGCGCACUUUCCUGGGUUCUCUGGUGCAUCUCGAAUGGUGUCGCAAACGGGUCGGCUGGAGGGCUCUCCUGUUUCGCAGCGUGAGACAGCUGAUUCGGACACUAGGGAGACGGGGGCGUGGAGCGGCUCGUCUAGCUCGACAGCUAGUGGUGCUAGUGACUCGUCUUGGGAUGGGGCGAAAGGCCACCACGACAGUCGUGGAGCUGAGGAGCCCCGUCAUAACUUGGAGGACAGUGUUCGCGAGCCUGUCAAUGGUAACGACGAUACUCCAAGCAUAAUGGCAACCGCACAUGAGAACGGGUCUGGAGUGGAACUAUCGUCAGCCGUAUUAAGUACCGAGGCGGAAAGGAUUCUCGAGAACGCUAAGAAGCGUCUGACGCUUAUGGAAGGCAACCUGAGUCGGGCUCGCACAUCGGUACGAGUCUCGCCAUCGCUCCCGACCUCGCCAACGCCGCCCGUGGGGCAGUCGCCAUUGGGGCUGGGCCAGCCUGUCGGCGGCCUGUAUCAGUCAAUCUCUCGCGCGGACCGUCGAGUCUCGAAUCACCGUCCGCGCACGACGUACAGCUCAUCCCAGGAUGUGACGAGCAAUCGACAUUCACGUGUCUAUAGCGAGACCAAACUACCGUCAGCAGCGCAGUCAAGCCUUUCCACAGCGGACACCAACCCGUCUCGGUCUCUCAGCGCCUUAGGCUCAACCAGCGCAUCCACUUAUCGGAGCGAUGAGCGGACUUUCCGUUAUGACCCCACACGGUCGUAUCUGACCCAUCGGGCCUCUAUCUCAUCCAUGCAGAGGCCGCCGGCUCGCUCGCCGCCGAUGGUAAAGGAGCGAGCCUCUUCUGAGUCCCCUAAGGGAUUGGGUAUCUCCACCGAUGAGAUCGAGAGUCUCAGCCCGAGCACGGAGGGGUCUAAUGAGACCUACCCUGCACAAGAUCCGCCGUCUCGUUCCCAGUCGCAAAUGCAAGUACGCGACCUGCACAAUCAGAUGAAGGGACUUCACAUCAAGAUCUCUAGCCUGAAGGUCAAAACGCAGGAGGAUAAUUUGCGCCGGCGUAGUAUGCAAAGCCUGCGGACUCCGAGUCCCUUGAAUGCUGCUGAUCAAUGGUACCCUAAUGCUCUGGACCUGAAAGGCCGCCACAACAAUCUUAAGCCCAACGGUGCACAGGGCCAGUCAUCGAGCCAUUCGGCAGAGAAUCUAUACCGUGGCGAAUUUGGCUCUGCUGUUAGAAUCGAGCCUGACACAAAGACGCGGCAGGCCGAAACACGAGAGCAGGUCGCAGCGCAUCAUCCAACCGGUUACACGGGACAUCAACCAGAAGAUGGGUCCGAGCUCGAUGAUUCGCAAUCGGUGAGCGAGAGCCUGUAUGAGGAUGCGCAAGAGGGAAACUAUGACGAGAGCGGCUUCUUGACUUCUGAUGCCGACCGUGAGUCCCUGGAUGAUAAUCUGGACGAUACACUGGAGGCUUUCCCUCCCGUGCCCCAGAGUUUCCAGGACACACCCCACGAGGAGCGAGAGGAUGCUUUUGACUACGAGCAUUUUAUUCUGCAUAGCGCAUUGGGUAAUUACACCCAAGCUCGGCUGCGUCGUGAGAGCAACGGUUCGACCAGCUCGGUGGAGACCACACGGCCGACCGACCACCGCUCCGUUCGUCACUCACGGGCUAAUAGCACGCCAUCGCUCUCCUCGGUAGCGACAUUUGAGACCGCCAUCGAGGGGAAUCAUGAUGGCCUGGAGAGCGUUCUCUACUGGGACCGGAAGUUCAACGAUGAAUUCAAAAAUCGCCAUCCGGCGGGCGGCGAGAGCUCGGAAGGAGCUGACAUGGAAGACGAAAGUAACCCCCGCACUCUUCGGCGACAGCCUAAUCGACUAGUGAGCAGCGACAAGGACUCAAAGGUCAAUCUAAUGCCACCACGAUCCGAGUCAGCAAUGACAGGAGCAGCGACGCCGACAUCCCUCGCAUCGUCUCUUGUGUCCACCGUGCGUGCGGCGUCUAGCUCCCAUACCAGUGCGUCGGCCAAUGGCAACAUGGGACUGAAUGAUGAUGACACACAGCUUCUGGAACAGCUAUUCCAGAGCCUCGGGGAUGUUUGUACGGAGCUUCAGACCAUCACCACCUCUGCACAUCCUGAUCUUAAACAGGUGCGACUGUUGAGGCGGCGGCUGGAUGCCGCUCGGCGGGUCCUCGAUGGAGAGUUGGACACCUAAUUAUAUGUGUAAUACAGCGGUUGAUCAUCGAUAGUUGAUUUCUGCAAGAAGAUUGGUGGGCAGAGCUGCUGUUUUUGUGUUUGCUGUUGAAGCAAUCUAGGCGAAAGCCUUGGAUAUGAUACCCUGAUUUUGAUUUAGCCAGUGCAGGUUCAUUACCAGUAGAGUAUAUAUGCAG